AUGAGAUUGACACGCUUUUGGACUAUUGGCCUAGUUGCCGCUGCAGCUUUUGGAGCUGCCCAUGCUCAACGCUUGGAAGGUCAAACCAACCGUGAUGAAAUAAAAUGGAACGCGUUCCAGCUUUUCAUUCAACUUGGUGCCAUUCUCCUCACAUGCUUUCCUUUAUCAAGCCUCACUGGUGUGGCCGUUCCCAUGUGUGCGCUGACAACGCUUGCUGCUUUCUCUACAUCGGUGGGAUUACUGCUGAAAAUAUUUGACGGGCUUCUUGUGAAGGACGAACAGCUAGCUCCCCAGGUGAUAAUGUUUCUCCAUAGUAUCGGAAUGAAAGUGACUGGACAACUUGACACCGUUUCUACAAUGGGCAUUUUCAACGCAGCUGCAUGGGCCGACUGGUCUAAUUCCACCACAGCUGCUGAAUUCAGAAAUAUGGGCGCUACCGUUGAGUUUGCUACCGAAACAAUCACGAACACAAUUGGAGAAGAACGCCCCAGCUACUGCUUCACUUUUUCUAUUGGCAAUGAAACCGCCUCGCAUCCACUAGCGGACUACCGUUCGACGAUGUGUGCAUCAGAGCUUGCUAUUUCAAAAUUAUUCAAAGUGAGAUCUGAGCGUUUGCCCUCCAAAGCACUUUCUAUGGCAAUGAGACCGCUUAAAAAGUUCAAGCUAUGCGAAGGGUAUGUGCAAGUCUAUGAACUUGUCCAGGGUCUAUACACAGUUUUUGGAUCUUACACGGAGGAAUUUUUAGCCAAAACUUUGGACCUCAUCCAAAAUUUGGAUCAAACUGAUCAUGAUUUUCAAUCACUUGCAUUUGAGAUCGCCGAUCAGAUCGACGGUCAGCAAGAACAGCUGUUCUGGAUCGAACUUAACAAAAAAUUCCUAUUGUAG